CAAGAAGUGAUCCCAGGUUCGUAUUCGGGGCGUCUGUUCUUCUAGUUGCUCCUUACUUUCGUGUCCGAGAAAAUUUAUCGAACAACUGGAAGUCAGAAAAUGAUAUACCUUCCUUUAUGAAAAUUAAGGAUGACUCCCAAGUGGCUUUGGAAUUGGAUGAUACUUACUGACAAUGGGAAGUAAAGAAGAUGAUGUGAAGAAGGCGCAGAUUGUAGAUGCUCGGGCAAGAAAUAUUAGUCAUAACGUUCGUUGCACGGAGUGUGGGAGUCAGUCCAUUGAAGACUCUCAAGCAGAUAUUGCUAUUCUACUCAGGAAGCUGAUUCGCGAUGAGAUUCAAGCUGGGAAGACUGACAAGGAGAUAUACAAAAAGCUUGAAGAUGACUAUGGGGAAACAGUACUUUAUGCCCCAAAGUUUGAUAUGCAGACUGCAGCCUUGUGGCUAUCCCCGCUUCUAGUUGCAGGUGUUGCUGGUGGAAUAUGGGCUUACAACAAGCACAGGCAGAAGACUAAUGUGCACAUCAUGGCUUUGAACCUUGUGAGAGGUGUUCCAUUAACCCCCAAAGAGAAGGAAACUAUGCUGGAGAUUCUUACACCUCCUGCCCCAGAAGGAGCUAGUCCUUCCUCUUGGUGGAGAAGGUGGCGAAAUGGAUAAUGUCUUCCUUCUGAUUGAUAGGGAUCUUAAAUCUUUAAUUGGCUUGGAACUUUAUGCUGGGAGCUAAAGCAAUUAGGCUGCUGAAAAGCACUGCUUGGUGUGGAAGGAUUGCUAAUUGUCAGCCUGGAGGGCGUACUGGUGAGAGAAAUAUGUUUAUGGAAGGAUUCGGGGUUGCUGCUUAGUAAUUAAAGGAAAAAAAGUACUAUUUAUAUAUUUUAAUUCUUAUUUAAAUUGAUGAAUGAAGGAAUUAACUAUUUUUAACUUCA